ACGGUAGACAUGUUAUUCGCCCAGAAUGCAACGCGUCAUGGCAUCACACUCCUCCCGUCAGGCUUAGCGUAUGAAACAUCCGCGAAGGAAGAAGCGUGUGGUACGACCAAUACAACUGAACACAAUUACAAAACUUGACAGCUACGUGAAUUACAAUGGCGACAGCUGUGGCUUCCCGGUUUGCUGUUCUUAGCAUUGACGAUGACGACGAUGCUCCCAAGAAAAGUCAACCAAAGAAGAAAACAGAUUCCAAAAAGCCCGGAACUGCUACUUCUGCCCAAACUAGUGCCAGCAAAAAGAAAAAUGCCAAGAAAAACGAAGCCGGCAAGGGAAAUCAACAAAUUAAUACCACCUCAAAUAAAUCCAAGGGUAAAGGAAGCACCAAACCAGAAGGUAACAAAGAUACAUCGCAAAAGAAGAAAAAUCCUGCUGCCGUUCAAGAACAGUGGGACCAGUGGAAAAAGAAGGAUUCAGAGCUUGUUGACUGCACAUUUGAGCAAGAAAUGACACAAGCAAUUCUGCUUUCAAAGCUGGAUUAUGAACAAAAGAAAGACAUAUAUGAGCAAACUAGAAAGGCUGCUGAAGAAGAAAAAAAACAAGGCUCAAAAAAAUCAAAGAAGUCAAAUAAACUUCAGACCAUGUCUCUUGAAGAAUUCAAUACUAGACACUCUGAAUCACCUGUAUCAGAAGGAGAUGGUUGUCCAUUGAAAGACAUGUCAGUACAACCAGACCCUGAGUUUUUUGAUAGAAUUAAAGAUGAUACAAAGAAAGUAUUGACCAAAGAACAGGAAGCCGAGAAGAGGAAGGCCAGGGAACCUUUUAUUCAAGAAACCAUCACAGUAGCUCAAUUGGAAGACAGACUGGAGAAAAGGAAUCAAGAAAAUAAAGCCCUAAGGGAAGAAGUAAUCAAGCUAAAAGAAGAACUUCAUAAUGUGAAGUCCAGGAACAAAAAGUUGUGUAAUAUUUUAGCACUAGGAGAAAUGAAAGAAAAGGCAGAAGUGUUGGUGGAAGUGGAGCAGUUGCAGCGCAUGCGUGAUGAGUUGUCUUCAGAGGUGUCAUCUCUGCAUGCCCAGUUGGAGCAGGAGCGCUCCAAAGUGCGCUCUCUUACUACAGACACGAAAGGAAAGUCUCAGAACAAGAAACGUUCAACAAGUGAGACAAAUCAAGCAUAGUGUUGUCAACACGUUUGAUUAGGCAAUGAACACACAAACACUGGCAACAGCAAUGUGAGACUUGUUAUUUUAGAAGAUCUUCCACGUGAUGAAUCCUGUUUUGUGUAUUCGUGUGAUGUGAGAUAUCCCUUCGCAAGUUCAUCUGUCCUAAGAUGAACUGGGGUUGCCAAGAAAGUUUUCAGGGUAAUUGGUGCUUUGCUACGCUGAAUGUUUCCUUAAUGCAAGUUUGGAGAUUAUCCAUGGUCUUGAUCAAUGGUUCUAGAGAGAAAGCUGUUAUAGUUCAAAUUUUACAAAUCAAAUGGGCAUUGCAAUGUCACUAAUUGAUGUUGCUCCACUUUUGUAACUAAUAUGUAGUGUUAGUUUGCUUAUGCUUGUAUUAUUAUUUCAUUUUUGCACUUGUUAGUGUGUACAUGCUUUCUAAAAUCAAGACCAAUGCAUUAUUUGGAUAUUCUCCAUUUGCGAUACAUCAGACAAUGAGCAAGGAGUAUUGUUAUAUUUCAUUAGUGUCCUUAGAGACAAUUCACUCUCAGAAGUUGCCGUUGUCAUGUGAAUAUUAAUAAAUGUGAAAAUCAUGCAGCUGAAGUGGGUUCCUUGUGAUAAAGCAGUUGCUAAGAAGAGUCAAUUUAUUAGAACUUCCUUAGACAUUGCCGCAAUUGUAUUGCAAAUGAAUUUCCCUGGAAAUCAGUUUCACGAAGUAUUGUGUUGAACAAUUUCACAAACAUGGUUCUGCUUGUUUACAAGUCAAAUACUGUGUGCAAAGAAAUGGUGCUGAGGCUGUUUCCCUUGUAUUACUGUCUAUCUGCAAAUAGAGAUAAUUUUUUGACAUACAGUUGAAUUUUUCUUAUAUUCCUGAACA